GUCCUUUGGCUGCUGUGACGCAGAAAUGUCCCCGUUUGCAGUACUAAUGAAGGAAUUCUGACUCUGGUUCUGAAUCAGAAUAUGUUCCCAUGCUCAUUACCUACUGUGUACACUAUGAACUACAGUUGGAAGUCAACACCUGUUCUUCAUUUGUUGGCCUCCAGUUAAAUAGUUUAGUCAAAUACCUUGUUCUCUUCCGAGAGAACAAGGUCGAGGCAGUUGGAGGGAAACGGAGACAGGUGAAAGAUGGACCGUGUAGCGCUGACCCUGCUCACCUUUCUGGCUGUUGUGCUCAUCCUGUUUUCAGUCACUGGCCAAGCCAACUCUGAAUUAUCAUGGCCGUCACUUCCACCUCCUGUGUCAUCAUCAUCAGAAGUGGAGGGGAAGGAGAGCAACAGCACUGUAAAAACAAAAGCAGUCCGUCAAUACAGAGCAAAAUCAGCAAAUAUCAGAAGACCAGCAUUUCCAUUAGGAUUUCCCCUUUUCAACAACUUGAAUCCUCUUCAGAACACACAUCCCUCUUCAUUUGAGGGCAUGAUCUGCGGUGGGAAAUUUGGCCAAUUCCGAUGCUUUCAUAGGAAGACAAUAAAGAUAGAGUCAGCGUUCUACGGUCGUCUGAAAGAAAACGUGUGUUUGAGCUCCAAGCUGUACGGGACAAAGCAAAGCACCAGCUGCAGGCGUGACGUCACUACGACCCUGGGCAAACUGUGUAACGGUGACGCAGUGUGUUACAUCCAUGCAACCAAUGCAGUGAUGGGAGGAGACCCCUGUCCACACACCUACAAGUACCUGUCCUUCAGCGCCCGCUGUGUCUAACAGCUCGACCACGACGAGGAGCUGAACUGAGCAUGAACUGAUGAGUCAGAUCAGCUCCACCUUGAGACCUCAUAUCAAAUUACUUUACUAUCAGCGAUGAUCACAACUGUAAUCACUGAUGAGUUAAAUUGUUCAUCUACUCUGUGAUGAAACAGAAAACAUGUUUAACGUGUGUACUGCUGAUAUGAUUAAUAUCAAAUAAAUCUGUCACUG